CUCAAAGCUUUGGAAGAGCAUGAGCCCUCCUCACUUGUGGGGAAAGGUGUUGAGGCAGCAGCCACAGAAACAAGGGUCCGGGGGUGCCUUCUUUGACACUUUUGAGGAACACUGAGAGGCCUCCUUGCCAUGGAGGUACAGCCUGUCUGAGCCUUGUGAGGGCCUUAUGUAAACAAGGAAGUUGGGCAGGAGGGCAAGGCAGAGCAGAAGAACAGACUGGGCACAGGUGGCUGGCCUGGGGGCGAGGGGAUAUAUAAAGACUGGACAAAGCCUUAUGUGUGCCUGCCAUGGCUGUGACUGAAGUGAAGGUACCCUGAGAAUCUGGCCCUUGUUGGGGCAGCUCCUCCCUGUUGAGUGGGUGGACACACUGGUGAGGAGAGGCUGCCAUCCUACCAGGGUAUGGAUGCAUGGGAGGCUGGUGAGCCUGGGGGCAGCUCUGCAUGCUGGUGAGGGGCUUUAGCAUUUCAUGACCUGAUGUGAUUACUGUAAACCCUGUGGCUACGAGUUAGGAAGCCACCUGACCUGUGAGGAGCAGACUGCAGACCACUUUGCUCACAUUCCUGCCUGGGGUGAGGGCAGUAAAGACGUGGUGCAAGAACAUAUUCCUAGAGCUCUGGGCAUCAGGAGGGAGCCAUGGACCUGCUGCGGGAGCUGAAGGCCAUGCCUAUCACACUGCACCUGCUCCAGUCCACCCGUGUCGGGAUGUCUGUCAACGCCCUGCGGAAGCAGAGCUCAGAUGAGGAGGUCAUUGCACUGGCCAAGUCCCUCAUCAAGUCCUGGAAGAAGCUCCUAGAUGCUUCUGAUGUCAAAACCAGGGAUCGAGGGAGGAGUAUGUCUCUACCUACAUCAUCCACAAAGGAUGCCUCAGAGGCCGUGGAUCCCAGCCGCAAGAGGUUAGAGCUUCCCAGGACCCCGUCUACCCCACGGAUCACUACGUUUCCCCCAGUGCCCAUUACUUGUGAUGCUGUGCGCAACAAAUGCCGUGAGAUGCUGACUGCUGCUCUGCAAACAGACCAUGACCAUGUGGCUGUUGGUACGGACUGUGAACAUCUGUCGGCUCAGAUCGAGGAGUUCAUCUUCCGGGAUGUGGGAAACACAGACAUGAAGUACAAGAAUCGUGUGCGGAGCCGUAUCUCCAACCUGAAGGAUGCCAAGAACCCUGAUCUGCGGCGGAAUGUGCUAUGUGGCGUCAUAACCCCCCAGCAGAUUGCUGUGAUGACAUCUGAGGAGAUGGCCAGUGAUGAGCUAAAGGAGAUUCGCAAAGCCAUGACCAAGGAGGCCAUCCGAGAGCACCAGAUGGCACGCACAGGUGGCACACAGACAGACCUGUUCACCUGCGGCAAGUGCAGAAAGAAGAACUGCACCUAUACACAGGUGCAGACGCGCAGCUCUGAUGAGCCCAUGACUACCUUCGUUGUCUGCAAUGAAUGUGGGAACCGCUGGAAGUUCUGCUGAGCCCUUGUGCAGAUGUGCUGCAGCUCCAGGCCAUGGUUCUAGCACUUUCGGUGAGCACAGCUUCUUUGGAGAUCCUCCUGAAGGCAGCAUGCCCUGUCCCAAGCCUGCCUGUCUGACAUGCACCUUUCUGCCUUUUGCCCUCAUUAUUAAAUGUUCUGUUUUGCCUUCUUGCCAUUGUUGGUCUAGUGGGCUAUACACAGGU